AUCAAUACCUAUUAUUAUUCUUCUUCUUCUUCCUUACUAGCUACAUUUCAUUUCCCUUUUUUUAAAUAAAAAACAAAUAAAUAAAAAUAUUAAUUUUUGCUGAGCUUCAAAUGACUUUUUCGGUGCCUCUUUAAAUUUUGGUCACAAAAUCACAAUGCAUUGCUCUUAAUUUUAACAAGCUGUUAUUAGCUUUUGGUGGUUAGGAAAAUGGGAUUGUACAAUUUCUCAAUUUAAAAAGCAAAUGGCUUUGAAGUUUUCAUAUUCAUACACAAAAAAAGAAACAAAGAGGUUUUGAUCUUGAUAAAGAUGGUGGGAAGUGUUGAAACAAGGAAAAGUUAUGUUUACUCAAAUGGGGUUUCUAUUCAGAAGAAUCAGAACAUUUGUAAUUUGGAAGAGAAACUUGAUGAACUAAGAACCAUUUUAAACAAGGCUGAUGGUGAUCCCAUUAGGAUUGUUGGUGUUGGGGCUGGGGCUUGGGGGAGUGUUUUUGCUGCUUUGAUGCAAGAUAGCUAUGGUCAAUUUCGGGAUAAGGUUCAGAUUAGGAUAUGGAGAAGAGCAGGGAGAGCUGUUGAUAGAGCAACAGCUGAACACCUUUUCGAGGUGAUCAACUCGAGGGAAGAUGUUCUUAGGAGGUUAAUUCGUCGUUGUGCUUACCUAAAAUACGUCGAGGCUAGGCUCGGGGAUCGAACUCUUUAUGCAGAUGAGAUUUUGAAAGAUGGAUUUUGCUUGAACAUGAUUGAAACACCACUUUGUCCUUUGAAAGUUGUGACUAACUUGCAGGAGGCUGUUUGGGAUGCUGACAUUGUUGUGAAUGGCUUGCCUUCAACCGAAACGAAGGAAGUUUUUGAAGAGAUUAGUAAGUAUUGGAAGGAGAGGAUUACAGUUCCUAUCAUUAUCUCUUUGGCUAAAGGGAUUGAAGCUAAAGUUGAACCUGUUCCACAUCUAAUAACUCCCACGCAAAUGAUUAAAUGCGCAACUGGAGUACCUAUAGAGAACAUUCUAUAUCUAGGAGGACCGAACAUUGCAUCAGAAAUCUACAACAAAGAAUAUGCUAAUGCUCGAAUAUGUGGAUCCGAAAAGUGGAGAAAACCUCUGGCGAAAUUCCUAAGACAACCUCAUUUUAUUGUUUGGGACAACAGUGAUCUUGUCACACAUGAGGUGAUGGGUGGCUUGAAAAAUGUCUAUGCCAUUGGAGCAGGAAUGGUAGCAGCCCUCACAAAGGAGAGUGCUACCAGCAAAUCGGUAUAUUUUGCUCAUUGUACUUCGGAGAUGAUUUUUAUUACUCAUUUGUUGGCGGAAGAACCCGAGAAACUUGCAGGGCCUUUGCUUGCUGACACUUAUGUUACCUUACUAAAAGGUCGUAACGCUUGGUAUGGACAAAUGAUUGCCAAGGGCGAACUAAGCCGAGAUAUGGGCGACAGUAUCAGUGGAAAAGGAAUGAUUCAGGGGGUCUCUGCAGUGGGAGCUUUUUAUGAACUUCUUAGUCAAUCGAGCCUGAACAUGUUGCAUCCCGAAGAGAAGAAGCAUGUUGCUCCUGUAGAGCUAUGCCCCAUUUUGAAGAUGCUUUACAGAAUUUUGAUAACAGGUGAACAAUCGCCGCAAGCCAUUCUUGAAGCCUUAAGAGAUGAAACCUUGAACGAUCCGAGGGAACGAAUUGAGAUUGCACAAAGCCAUGUGUUCUACAGGCCAUCACUUCUUGGACAACCUUGACUAGUUUUAGUAACAUAUAUUUAUUUUUAUUAUAUUUAUAUAUAAAGCUAUAUAGAAGUAUGUAUACUUAAAUUAAAUGAUUGAAGAGAAAUGUAGGGGUUUCCUCAAGUCAAGUGUAGUGUGUACUUUCAAUAAUUUGAAAUAUAAGUUGAUGAGAUUGAUCUCCAAUUGAAAUGAACUUUCAUGCUAGUUCUGGUCAUUAAUGUUGGGAUUGGGAACAAUUGAGUUCAAGAAUUAUGUAACUAUAGUUGUGAACUUCCCAAAACAAGGUUUGACUAAUUGUGAUGUUCAUUGAUUGAAAA